AUGUAUAAUCUUAUUGUGUCGAGCGAGGGGAGUGCCGUCGUUGAACGGCUCAAGCGCAACUCCAAUGACGAAGAGGAGGAGGAUGGAGAAUUUGACGACGACAUUGACGACGCCGGAAACGGAAGGAAACCGCCGAAGAAUAUUGCCUCAAAGGUCACAAGAAUAUCGAGGCGCUUGGGAAGAAGAAUUACAGUUUCGGCGGCGGCGGCGGUUCAAUCUUUUCGCGGCUGGGCGAGAAGAGCAACCGAAGAGAGAAAGCAGAGUGACGAAGCGCCCGCCGGGAUACUGAAGAAGUCUCCGCAACAACCCACCCGCCGACUCCCUCCCAAAUCCAGAACGUCAUUCCGGUGAAGAAGAUCCCUGCCAAGGUGGUCACGGCAGGUGACGAACAGACGCUUUCCUUGCGACGGCGCAUCUUUGACCGCAUGAUC